AUGACGUGUAGGAAAACGGUAAAGUGUUUCGUGAGCGACGAAGGAAAUCCUAGCGCUGCAUUGUCGGUGUUCAACUGUGCUGGAGUGUGCGCCAUACGCGUCAGUUAUCUUCGUGACAGGAAACUGGCAGCGAUGACGAACGGCAUGAAGCCGAAAGACGUUCAUGAAGUCGACGAAAAAGUCAUUCACUUAUGUCAACAACAAAGAACGUAUCCGUCAUCGGCAGUUGAUGUGUGCACCGAUACGAAAGUUCGCUAUCCCAAUCUACAAAUGCUAACGUUUCGAGUGAGGAAAUUCCGUUCGAUUGCUGCUCCACUCCAACGAAUUCAACUCGAUACGACAACGGAGAACACACAUCGCCAGGACGAACCGCUGUGGACAAUCGACUCGAAUCAGUCCACUUCUGACGAACACGAAAACAGCGAAAUGAUUCCCGAAUGUGCUCUAUUUAGAACAAUUUUCUUGUUACCGCUAACGACUUUAGACAUCAAGACAACAUCAGGAGAUCUACUAGAAUUAUAA